AAGUUGGUAAAGCCUCGGGGUAAAUAUUUGUUUAUGGGGAUAUUUCGUAGGGGUAGGUUGCAACCCUGAUAGUGUCCGCCUUAUCACUCCAUGGCUUCCUGCUUCUUCUAGUUCAGAAGUAAACUUCGACCGAGCCGUUUGUGAUUUCAGCUACCGAAUAAUUUUCCAGGUGAGUGGCCACAGCAUCGACAUGACUGCCGAAUCCCUCAAGAGACACCAUCACCACCAUCAUCACCACCAACAUCAACACAAGAAGAUGGUUCACCUCAAGAGUAUUGAGAGAAUCACCAAUCUUCCUGUGUUUGAGUCUGCGGUGGCUUACUACGGUAAUAUGAAGAAAUCCAACCCUCUGAUCAAGUGGGGCAUGCUGCCUGCUGAGACAGGAAUGUGGUUAGCCGUAGGAACUGCGAUGCCUGUUGUUGCGUACUUUGAGAAGCCCGUCUCAGCUGUGGACAACAUCGCUUGCAAGGCACUCGACGUUAUUGAAGCUAACAUCCCUGUGGUCACCUACCCCCCUGAUCUGAUUUACAACAUCUCAAAGGAUUACGUCACCAACAAAGUAGUGACUCCGAUGUUGAAACGGGCGGACUCUGUGAAACAGCUGAGCAAGCACGGCGCAAGCAUCUGUGGUGAACUAGCGGCCGACCGUCUCAACAACGCCAUCGAUGUCGCUGACAAAUAUGUCGACAAGUACCUGCCUGACAUCACUGACGGAGCUGAAACCCCUUCAGAAGAUUAUGGGGACAAAAAGGGAAUAAAAGGCAAGAAAAUUUGCAGACCAAAAAACCGCUUGCAAGUGUAUUCAGACAUUCACGGAAAACAGCUGACAGAUAAGUUGAAAAAAUUUGUGUCAGACGAUGUUGAAAUUUUUGCAUGUGUAAAUCCUGGAGCAAGUUCAAGCUACAUAGUAAAGAAUGCAAUUAAAUCAAUCGCAAGUCUUACGAAAGCUGAUUCAGUUGUCCUUAUUACGGGACUGGACGAUGUUGCACUUGGAAGGAAUGUAGAUUUGUCGUAUAACGAAUAUAUGGCAAAUAUUAAUCUUUUUGCUGUCAAUACAUAUUAUACAAAUGCAUUUGUAUGUCCAAUUUUCCCUCAAUAUGACCUUCCAUUAAAUGGAGUUAUCAAUAACAGCAUUGUUAGAAUAAAUGACCAGUUGGAUAUUAAAUUAUCCAAAAUACAACAUAUUUCACUACUGAAUAUAUCCGAUCUUGAGAGAAAACAUUUCUCGAAAAAUGGGCUUAGACUGAAUGGACAAGGAAAACAUCUUCUGGCGUCGAUAAUUGCCACAGCCGCUACUAGAGUUAUGGGAAAGUUUAAUGAAAACCCAGCUCCUCUGGCAAAUUCAGACAGUAAGACAGCAGCGACGUUCCAACACGUCAACCAGUUCAGCCGCAAGCUUCAGCGCAGACUCACACGCCGCACAAUCGCUGAGGCAAAGGCUCUCAAACAACAAGGAGCCGAUACUAUCCGCUGCCUCGUCUACUUGGUAGAUCUGCUUGCACGCGACCCUAAAGCAUUCAUGGAGAAGGGCAAAGCAAUGUGGAUGGAACUGAGUAAAGACGAGCCUGAGAACCAAGUUCCACCACAGAACCUGGAACAGCUGAUCACAUUGUUGACCCGCGAGAUCGCUCGUCGAGUGGUUCACCUGACCAACUUCACUGGCGCAAAGGUGGUACUCCUGUCUCAAUACACGGUGCACGUUGCGCACAUUAGCGCACUCAACGCUGUUUGGUGGGCCGACUACUUCCUCAAGGCAAUGCAUCUGGAGACUGCAAUGGAAAUGACAGCAACCCAAAUCACAAGGAUUCAUCAUUUCAGCGUACACUUGAUGGAAAGGCUCGUAGAACUGAUUAUAAAUCUCAAGAAAGAGUUGAAAUCAAACACACCCGCACAACCGGUUGCAGCACCCGCUAUCAAACCCAUCCAAUCCCAACCAAUCCCUCCUGUCCCUGAACACCUCCCCGCCUCCCCCUCGCCACAGUCAUCCCCCUCAAACGUCAUGUCCACCCCCUCCCUCCCCGCUACUGGUGGAAAACACUUCAACUCUCACAAUGGAGAUACUUACACUCUCUACGAGUCUAACCACGAGUCCUCCGUUACAUCUUAGUGUCUUAGAGUCCUGAUAGACUGAUAAAUACAUGUUAAGGCUUUAAUUAUAAUGUUUAGUUAUAGAAAAAAACCUGCUCUGAUGUUAAAUUAGCUCUUUAUAUUCAACGAAAGAUGUAACUUAAAAUGGAGGCUGGCAUUUUUUAGUUUUGUUGAAUGAUUGAAUCAAUAUAGCAAAACUGAUUUUUAGGAUGAAAAUGUUAAUUUACUUGGUUGCUAUGAAUUGCGGUUUGCUUUUUUGCCUCGCUUUGUAUUUGUAUUUUUAUUCAAAUCUAUGUUUUACUUCUGGUACCUUAUCAUUACAUAUUGUGAACAAUGGAGGUUAUGAGACUUUGUAAAUGUGUCUUAUUUUAAUAUUGUUUUUAGAAUAUCAUGUUAAGCUUGGAUUGUUGUAUAUAGUUUUAAAGAUAAUGUAAUAGAAACAUAUGUUAAAGUUGUUUUAUCUCUCGCUUGUUGUUAAUUUUGUAAUAAAUAUUUUAUUGUAAA